AUGUCGGCACACCAAAGAAGACCUAGCAUGGCGGAGAACCUUACACCAGAGCAAAUCAAGGAGCUCAAGGAGGUCUUCAACGUCUUUGUAAGUCCCCCAAAGGAGAAGACGAGACAGCGAAAAUCGCGUAGAACGAAACCACUGACAGAUGACUUUUGUAGNGACAAAGAUGGAAACGGCAACAUCACAGUCGACGAACUGGGCGAGGUCAUGCGCUCUCUCGGCCAAGAACCCUCUCAAACCGAGCUCGAAGACAUUCUCAACGAAAUCGACAAGGACGGCUCCGGCUCCAUCGAAUUCGACGAGUUCCUCUCAAUGAUGGGCCGCAAGGUCCAGCAAGCAGACAGCGAGUCCGAGCUGAGAGCGGCUUUCGCAGUCUUUGACAGAGAUGGCAGUGGCACCAUUUCUGCCGAGGAGUUGAGAAAUGUCAUGAAGAGCAUUGGUGAAAAUCUGUCCGACUCUGAGAUUGAUGAAAUGAUCAAGGAAGCCGAUGCCAAUGGAGACGGCAACAUUGAUUACGACGAGUUUGUCAAGAUCAUGAGCGUCUAG